GGGGAAAAACCCUAAACACAACCACCGUCCUCAGUCGCAUCAACCACCAUGGCAGAGCGUGACCGCCGCGAACGAGAGGGGGAUAGAGACCGUGAGCGCGACCGGGAUAGACGCCGUGACCGAGAGAGAGACAGGGACCGUGACCGAGAGAGAGACAGGGACCGUGGGGUUCGAAGCAAGAAGUCCCGAUCUCGUACUCCAGACCACCACCACCACGCUCGCCCUCCUCGCCACGUGCGCUCUCCCGAGAGGUAUCGAUCCCGAUCCCGCUCCCGCUCCCGCUCCACUGACCGUGACCGUCAUCGACACCACAGCAGACGCAGGACUCCCUCUCCAGAUCCUCCGCCGCGGAAACGACCUCGCCAUGGCUCAGCGGAAAGGAGUCGCAAAAAAAUUGCGUCUGAUUCCGUCGAGGAGACUGCGAAGGAGCAAGCUAAGACGAAGGAUAAUAAAGAACCAAGCGGCGGAGGAGGAGAAGCCGAAGCGGAGGAAGGAAUGGAUGUGAAUGAGGUAGAGAUGAUGAAGAUGUUAGGGAUCCCUACUGGUUUCGACUCCACGAAAGGGAAGCAUGUCGAAGGCGCUGACGUCAGUGGGAUUAGGGCUGUUACCAAGCGGCAGCCGAGGCAGUACAUGAACCGUCGCGGUGGCUUUAACCGUCCUUUGCCUGCUGAGCGUAACCGCUAAAGAUCCUUGCCAAUGCUGUCUUAAACACGAGGUCAGAUUAUGAGAGUUCGAGCUGCAUUUCCCAGCUUGUAUUUACUGCAAUAAUUCUUCCCCAGACUCUGUUCUAAUGUCCUUAGAGAACAAACAUGUAUUCUCUGGAGUUAGAAACAUCUCAUGAAUUAUCUCUUUUUAGGGGUUUAGAGUUGUGAAUGAUGUUAUGUGUGUAAUCUCUCCCGGCUCUAACUUUUAGACUAUGAUUUAGUUGGGUUUUGCACUA